AUGUUAGAACACAAGAGAAAUCACUCAUAGAAAAUUAGAACUAUAUUGAUAAGAUGUAAUGAUAAAUAAGUGGCAAUUGAUAUAGCAAUGGACAAGAGUGUAGCUGAUCUCCUAAACAAGGUAUAAAUAUUUAAGAGUUAUUAAUGUUAGCUUCGUGAACAUCCAGCAACACCAAAUUCAUAAUAGUUAGUUGCUCUGAAAACUGUCUCCAAUUCAAUCACUAUGGAUUACAUGCUGUCUGUACCAGAAGAGAGAGGUAAGCUUUUAAAUUCAUUUUAAAUCAGCUUAACUGCCCAUACACAAGUUAAAAUAAGAAGCUUUGAUUGGAGUCUAUAGAUAAAAUGCUCAUAAAUCAAUUCUCAGUCUUCUAGAUUUCACAUUUGAAAGAUGCAUAGGCAAAGGAGGUACUUCAGAGGUCUAUUUGGUACGUCAUCAUGUAUCUGGACGAUUGUUUGCUCUGAAAAUGAUCAAAAAAUAAUAUAUUACUGAUUGCAGAAGACUGGAACAAAUUCUUAGAGAAAAGAAAAUACUAUCUCAGGUUCUGAAUCAUUCUAAAUUUAUAAUACCAUUGUAUGCUACAUUUGCAACUAAAGAUCAUCUAUGUUUUUUAAUGGAAUACUCUGCUGGAGGUGAAAUGUUUUAUCAUCUUUAAAAUUACCGUUUUACAGAUGAUGAAGCAAGAGCUUAUAUUUGUGAAGUCAUUUGUGCUUUAGAAGAACUUCAUUAACAUAGAGUUUUAUAUAGAGACUUAAAAGUAUUAUCUAAUAUAUUAUAUAUAUAAAUAGCCAGAAAAUAUACUCAUAGAUCUAAGAGGUCAUAUUUAAUUAACAGAUUUUGGUUUGUCUAAAUUGGAUUUGAGUGAAGAACAAUUAACAAAUAGUUUCUGUGGUUCUCCUGAAUAUAUGCCUCCAGAAAUUGUUAAUCGAUAAGGUUAUUCAUAUCCUGCUGACUUUUAUACCUUAGGAUGUUUAUUAUAUGAAUUGUUGUUAGGUUUACCACCUCAUUAUUCACAAAAUACUGAGGAAAUAUUUCAUAAAAUUUAGAAUGAGGAUAUAUCAUUCCCUGAAGAUUUGAGUAUUGAUGUAAUGUCAUUAUUGUAAAGUCUUUUAAAUAAGAAUAUUACAGAAAGAAUACAUGAUUUUAAUACUUUAAAGAAGAAUUCUUGGUUUAGUAAUGUUGAUUGGCAAGCUGUUAAAUAAAAGAAAUCUAAUUAGAUGCCUAUAUUUAUAGAUAUAUAUGAAACACAUAUUCAUUAAGAAUUUUUGAAGAUUGAUGUUAGUGAUCUAAAUUAGAAAAAUGAACAUGGUGAAUUAAGUAGUUCAGAAGAUCUUUUUGAUUUCUUUAAUUAUGUUAAUGAAACAUAUAAAGACAUAUUUUAAUUGAAAUAAAAGAUGAGAGUUCAAAGUGAUCAUCUUAUUGAUAAAAAGCUAUUAUAAAUAAGUUAAUCAUCUACAAAAAAGAAAAAUCUUUAAUUAAAUUUGAAUGAUAUAGAGAAAUAAUUUUCUAAAACUCAAAAAUAAUCACUUACACCAUAAAGUAUUAUGCCAUUGUCUUUAUUACGUAAAUCAUUUUAAUAAAUGAUGAAAGAGAAACCUAGAAAGAGUUAAGACAAUCAUCCCACUUUAAGUACUGUAUUAUCAGAUCGUCCUAUAAUUGAUCGAAAUUAUGUAAAUAUAUCAUUUUAAAUAAUUUUAGAUAUAGAAGAUGUUAUAAACUUUAACAAGUAAAAAGAAACCAUAAAGUCCUUAACAUAAUGAAUUGUCAUGGAGACCACCUUAAGUAAAAAGAGGAUCUAGUUCAUCAACUCAUUUAAAAUCAUCUAUAAGUUAAAGAGGAUAGAGUUCAACAAGAAAAUAAAAAUGA